AUGGCAUCAUCGUAUAUCAAGGAUGAUGAAGCUGAAACUAAAAAAAAGAAAAAGAAGUCCAAAAAUAAGAGUACAAAUGCGUUAGCCGAGGACCUUGCCAAAACAACGAUUUCUGACGUUUCCAAUAACGUCGCCAGUAAAAAAACACACGACACUUCAGUACAAAAACCAGUUAGCAAUAGCAAUAAGACAACAACUAACUCUCAGCCGUCAAACUCAACGCGUAUUGACACCACAUCGCUGCUUAGUGAUAGUAUGAAACGUCUGAAAAAUCUUCGGAAAAAAAUACGAGAAAUUGAGCAGCUUGAG